AUGCACCCAACUUCGACAUCAAAUCCUUUGGUAUCAAAUAUUACGACAACGGUAUCAGUGGUCACAACACCAGAGAUGAAGACAACAACUCCCAUAACAACGGGUACAACGACUACAACAAUAAUGAUCACCACCUCUAAAAUGAUAGGCGCGUCAACUCUGGCAUCAGAUACCACUCCGACCGCUGAUCCACCGAAGAUAACAACACCUAUAGCUUUGGUGACAUUUACUUCUUCAUCGGCACAAAUAUCAGCUAAUAAUUCAAUCAAUACUUCACUUAUUAUGAAUACAACUCAGGAACCGAUGCAAACCUCAUCGCCAUUAAUAAAUGCAUUGAUAUCAACACAGGGAUCAGAUUCUACUUCUACUAUUGAUCCGACAUCUGUAGAGUCGUUGACCACAACUUCUUCUCCAGUGAUAAAGAAAACAACAAUUAUAUCUUUGGGAACAACAACUAAAGUUUCAGCCAAUACUUUGAGCACUUCUACACUUAAAAUGACUACAACUAAAGGAUUGACACCAACUUCUUUGCCAGUAAUAAAUACACCGACAGUGACAUCGACUCAGGAAUCAGUUGAUACUCAGACAAAUAAAAUGACUUCAACACUGAUGGACACAUCAACGCAGGGAUCAGAUGUUAUUUCACUCUCUACGGCAACUACACAAUUGAAAUCAACGCAAUUCUCUUCGCCAGUAAACAACACAAUGACAACCACUUCGCCAUCAAUGAUAACCACAACUCAAGAGUCAUUGGCUUCAAGUGUUGUGGCAAACAAUGUAUCCGCAACUCAGGCAUCAAACGCGGCACUCAUGCACUCAUCGCCGACUAAUACGGUGCCAACUCUGGCCAAUAUAUACCCUCAGAAUAUACACUAUACUUGUCCGCCACCAGUAAACGGUUGCAAUGGGCCCACAGACUGUCUGUACACAUAUGCGGGUCAUUGCAAUCAAUUUAUACAGUGUUCGGCCGGUGGUCAGGCAUUUAUAAUGAACUGUGCGUUAGGGACUCAAUGGGACGAUAGCCUUAAAAGAUGUGAUCCAAAGGACUACAACGACCACCACUACGACUAUAGAGAGAGAUAUCUCUGGAGAUAUUUGGACAACAGUUCACACAGUUAUCACUCUCACAAACAACACCUCUAA